AUGGCAGGCGGUGGAAUUGCUCAUGCAUCUAACAAGGAAUAUCCGGGGAAACUUACCGGAUAUGUUAUUGUUACCUGCAUGGUUGCUGCUAUGGGUGGAUUGAUUUUUGGCUAUGAUAUCGGGAUUUCAGGGGGUGUGACUUCUAUGGACAGUUUCUUGGAAAGGUUUUUUCCAGAUGUUUAUAGAAAGCAGGCCCUGGAUUCGUCUACGAAUCAGUACUGUAAGUUUAACAGCGAAACUCUGACCAUGUUUACGUCUUCGUUAUACUUGGCCGCCCUGGUUUCCUGCAUGGUUGCCUCCUAUGUCACCAGAAAAUUGGGGCGGAGGAUUUCUAUGAUGGCCGGAGGUUUCAUCUUCUUAGUUGGAGCUCUCCUCAACGGCUUCGCUCAAGCUCUCUGGAUGUUGAUCGUCGGCCGUGUUUUGCUCGGUUUAGGCAUCGGAUUUGCCAAUCAGUCUGUUCCACUUUAUUUGUCAGAGAUGGCGCCAUCAAAGUACAGAGGAGCACUCAACAUUGGUUUCCAGCUUUUCAUCACAGUGGGGAUCUUAAUAGCCAAUGUGGCCAACUAUUUCUUCGCCAAGAUCGAGUGGGGGUGGCGAUUGAGCUUGGGAGGGGCUGUGAUUCCUGCUUUGAUCAUCACAGUCGGCUCCUUCUUCCUCCCCGACACCCCAAACUCCAUGAUUGAGCGUGGGAGCCACGGCGAAGCGAAAUCCAUGCUGAGAAGAAUCAGGGGAGUAGACAACGUUGAUGAAGAGUUCAACGACCUAGUGGCGGCUAGCGAGGCUUCUAAUCAAGUUAAGCAUCCAUGGAAAAAUCUUGUGCAAAGGAAGUACAGGCCCCAGCUGGUAAUGUCGAUCUUGAUUCCAUCUUUCCAGCAACUCACCGGCAUCAACGUCAUCAUGUUCUACGCGCCCGUCUUGUUCAAAACCAUCGGCUUUGGAAGCAACGCUUCUCUUAUAUCUUCUGUCAUUACCGGCCUUGUUAACGUUUUGGCUACUUUGGUUUCGGUUGCGUUUGUUGAUAGAGCUGGGAGAAGGUUCUUCUUCCUUGAAGGUGGCAUUCAAAUGCUUAUUUGCCAGAUUAUUGUUACAGUCUGCAUUGGAGUGAAAUUUGGAACCAGCGGAAAUCCUGGAGAUUUGCCGAUGUGGUUUGCUUUAGUGGUAGUGAUUUUCAUUUGCACAUACGUUGCUGGAUUUGCAUGGUCGUGGGGGCCUCUAGGUUGGCUCGUACCCAGUGAAAUAUUCCCAUUAGAAAUCCGAUCGGCCGCUCAGAGCAUCAACGUCUCCUUCAACAUGAUCUUCACCUUUGUUGUGGCUCAAGUCUUCCUCAACAUGCUGUGUCACUUAAAGUUUGGACUUUUCAUCUUCUUUGCCUGUUUUGUACUUAUCAUGACGGUGUUUAUAUACUUCCUCUUGCCGGAGACAAAGAACAUUCCCAUUGAAGACAUGAGCGUGGUUUGGACAAAACAUUGGUUCUGGAAAAAGUUCACAGAGGCUGAUUUUCCAGGAAAUUCAAUGGGAGAUAUUGAGAUUGUUUAGUACCAUAU